AUGUCGGCGCCGUGCCCGCGCCUGCCCGCCGCCGGGUCAGCACCGGCGGAGGCGGACAGCGCCCGCGGCAUGGAGCCGCCCGCGGCCGCCGCCGCCGGGGCCGGGGCCGCCGCCCUGGAGCUGGCGCUGGAGGAGGAGCUGGCGCUGCUGGCCGCCGCCGGGGAGCCGCCGGAGCCGCCGCCCGCCGCCGCCCGCGACCCCGAGCUGCUCUCGCUGAUCCGGCAGAAGGAGAAGGACCUGGUGCUGGCGGCGCGGCUGGGCAAGGCGCUGCUGGAGCGCAACCAGGACAUGAGCCGCCAGUACGAGAGGAUGCACAAGGAGCUCACCGACAAGCUGGAGCACCUGGAGCAGGAGAAGCACGAGCUGAGGCGGCGGUUCGAGAACCGGGAGGGCGAGUGGGAAGGCCGGGUGUCGGAGCUGGAGAGCGACGUGAAGCAGCUGCAGGACGAGCUGGAGAAGCAGCAGGUCCACCUGCGCGAGGCGGACCGGGAGAAGACGCGGGCCGUGCAGGAGCUCUCCGAGCAGAACCAAAGACUCCUGGACCAGCUCAGCAGGGCGUCGGAGGUGGAGCGGCAGCUCUCCCUGCAGGUCCACGCGCUCCGGGAGGAUUUCCGGGAGAAGAGCUCCUCGAGCAGCCAGCACAUCGUGCGGCUCGAGAGCCUCCAGGCCGAGAUCAAGAUGCUGACGGACAGAAAGCGGGAGCUGGAGCAUCGCCUCAGCGCCAUGAUGGAGGAGAACGACCUGCUGCAGGGCACCGUGGAGGAGCUGCAGGACCGCGUGCUGGUGCUGGAGAGGCAAAGCCACGACAAGGACCUGCAGCUGCACCAGAGCCAGCUGGAGCUGCAGGAGGUGCGGCUGUCCUAUCGGCAGCUGCAGGGGAAGGUCGAAGAGCUCAGCGAGGAGCGAAGUCUCCAAAACUUCAACACAACCAGCACAUCCCUGCUUUCCGAGAUCGAGCAGAGCAUGGAGGCGGAGGAGCUGGAACAAGAACGGGAACAGCUAAGGUUGCAACUCUGGGAAGCUUACUGCCAAGUGCGGUACCUCUGCUCCCACCUCCGCGGGAACGACAGCGCAGACUCCGCGGUCUCCACAGACUCUUCCAUGGAUGAGUCUUCAGAAACCUCAUCAGCCAAAGACGUCCCAGCUGGCAGCCUACGUGCAGCUCUCAGUGAGCUGAAAAGACUGAUACAAAACGUGCUGGAUGGGGCAGACUCCACGAGUUCCCGGCGAAGCGAUGACGACACCUUAGAAGAACAGAUCAGGCGAACAAGUGAGGACUCGCGAGCCCUGAGGGAAUUAAUGGAGGGAGAGCGGGGGAAACUGAGGCAGAGUUUGGAGGAGCUGCAGCGACUUCACAGCCAGGUCACUCUGCUGAGCGUGGAGAUGACGACGCUGAAGGAGGAGCGGGACCGGCUCCGCGGCGCAGCCGAAGACAAGGAGGCGAGCGAACGGCUCCUGCAGGCCAUCAGGGACCGAGACGAGGCCAUCGCCAAGAAGAACGCGGUGGAGGUGGAACUGGCCAAGUGCAAGAUCGACAUGAUGUCCCUCAACAGCCAGCUGCUCGACGCCAUCCAGCAGAAGGUGAACCUCUCGCAGCAGCUGGAGGCCUGGCAGGACGACAUGCACAGGGUCAUUGACCAGCAGCUGAUGGACAAACACCCGAAGGAAUGGAGCCAGCUCGCUUAUUCCUUCUCCAGGGGCUACGGCGCGGCGCGGGGUGCCCGUCCCUCCCCCGGGCCCCGGCCGGAGCAGCAGGGGGACGAGCCCGCCGGGGCAGAAGGGAACCGUCUCUUUUCCUUUUUCAAGAAAAACUAAUCCGCAAAGGAGAAACCUCGCCAGCAGUUCCUGCUUCGAGGUGAGGAGUGGGGGCACCGGCCCAGCUCGCUGACGGACCCGACUCUGAUCCACUAGGAAAGAAAGAAAGAAAAAAUAAAGGGGGGGAAGCAAAGGACUUAACCCUUGAGACUCUGCACUAUUUCCACCGCACCUGGUCUGAACCAAAUGUUUACAUGAUUGGAGAUUUGCAAAUUGACAGUGUGACACUGAAAGCAACUGGGUUUUUUUAUUCUUUAAGUGGAGCGAUAAACUUCAGGGUAUGCUUUAGGCGCUUCGACAGAGUCCAGUUUCUGCUGCGAACAAUAACCUGGUUGUCUUAAACGUCCUCACGCUGGAGGAGGAGCUAAGCAGCCCCCGGACAGAGCAGCGCAGGGGAUCGAGAACCGCCGUCACAGCGAGCGCGGGGGAAAGAAGAGGGUCAGCCGCGAGAGAAGAGAGGGGGAGUCCCUUCCGCCGCCCUCCCGGCCCGGCCCGGCCCCGACGACGUCCUUCGCCCCACCGAGACCGGAGCUGCUCUAGCCCGAGCACGGGCACCGGCGUGUGUCGAUGAGGGUAGCUUACUCCAUGGUGGAAGACAAGUCCUUCACCACAAGAGGGACCGGACUCCUUGCAGAUCAGCGCAGCUGCAGGCUUGCUGCUGUUAGGACCUUCUCCAACUCCCUCUCGGUACAGAGUAAAGAGAGUCUGUAGAUGCAUAAAAUGCUGAUUUCUCCCCAAGAGACCGACCACCUGCAACAGAUUACAGACUCAACUUGUGGAUGCUCAGGCCUGGGGCACCUACUCUCCCUCCACUGUCUGAGGAUAGCUGUGGAGCUUCAGCAAGUCACACGUUCCCCAAAGCCCUGUUCUCCUCUCAGAUUAAGAGAUCUGUCGUUUAAACUGGAUGGGCCCCAAAAAGCCUGACAUCUGGAAGUAACUCGGUGAAAGCCUACCCAUAAUGAUGUCAGUAGGUCUCUGACAUGGGUUGGCAGACUUGAUCCUCAGAAAGUCUGCAGGCACCUGCCCUCACUAAAGUCAAAGGAGAUUAGGGCAUCUACAAAGCUCUGGAGAAGUUGUAGCUUGCUCUUUGCCUCACACAGUAACAUUAGCUAUGGCCUGACAAAAAUGCUGUUUGUUCCUGCCGGUGGGUCAUUUCACUACUCGGCCUUUUGGCAAGCAGAUAGCUAAAUCUCCUUUUAACCACAGAUGAUCAGAGCCUGUGUUACUGUGAGCCUGAUUUGAUCAAGGAGGAGAAACAUUUGGUGUCUGCACACAGUGGUGCUGGAAAUCCUGCAAUACCUAGGUGGGGACCUUCCCUAUGCACUGGACGGUCACCUUGCAGCUCUUCCCUUUAGCAGUCUAUCAUCAUAAAACAGUACGCCAGACUAGAUUCAGAGCUGCCCUGCUGCUAUCAUGCAAUUUGCACAUAUUCUCCCAGCUUGUGAUACCCACAGGCCCAAAUUUGUUUCUAUGUCCCCUUAGAGGCUACCACCUACACCAUCGCCAUAGGAGAUGAAGGUAGGUACACAUUCAGCUCUGCCCAGCACGGUGAUUUAGGUGCUAAAACACCAUCCUACAUGGAGCUGCUAAUCUCUACUCAAUAUUUACAGUCACAAGCUUUCUGCUAGAAAUAAGCAUCUAAUCCCUUCUUCUAUGAGGCAGGUAAGUUAAAUAAAAUAACAUCAGCCUCUCAUCUAGUGCAUAGGAUGGACCCAUAAUACCUCAGUACAAACACCUCUUCUGCCUCAAGGAUCUGAGCAUUCCCACUUUUCCAUAUUGGCAAUGGAGCUGCCACAUUCUGGUAUGCAAUUAUCUUACACUGAGGUUGCUGCACUUUGCAAGGAGCAGCAAAGUACUCUUUGGGGCUGAGGAUGAUGCUGAAGACCUGAGUGGUAAAGCCCAUGUACUUGAAAGCAGUGAAACCUGGAUUCCAGAUCCUGCUCCAGGAAAUACUUCAGUAAAUCACACAAAAUGAAAGAAAGCACCACCAAUACAGCUUAACGCUUACAUGGGAGGGAGUCUGGAGUCUCGCCAGCAGGGAAGGAAACUGAACCUUGGCCUCUUCCCAACCACCGAGCAUCUGCUCCUAUCCACUUGUGCCAGUGAGGGAAAGGGAUUUAGUGGUGUGCCGAGCGCUCUCUCAGGAUGGCAAGUCUUCAUCUUCUCAUCUUACCUAUGUUUUGACUCUUAACAGGGCAGAGACACGAGGCACCCGCUGGGUGUCUCCUGCUGCCAGGACUCGGUUACGCCCGUACCUAUUAACAUAAACUUGGAUCCCUACAGUAUUAGGCAUGGGUUCACGGACGCCAGCGACACUUCAACAGUGGUCUUAGGCAAUGUCUCUUUGAAAAAGACACUGCUUAUUUUGGGAGAGCCCUGCAAACCCCUUGGUCCUCACAGCCCUUCAUUCUGCUGUUAGCAGUUAUUUGCCAGGCCCCAACAGCUCUCUUCAUGCCCAGCAGCUGUGUGGGCCUCUGCCCCUGUGACAAUGUACGUAUGCAAUCCUAAGGCAAAGGCCUUAAGUUAUUUGAUGAAGAUGCAGUAAUGAGAUGAAGAAAGGUGCCUUCUGCUACAUGUUUGCUGGGAGGAAAGUGACUCAUUCAGUUGCAGGGGUAGGCAAUCGAGAUGCACAGCAUGUCUCUUCAGUUAAGGAGGAACCUACCUUAAUCCCAUCGCAAUUUUAUUUAUUUAAAUAACAACGGUGGAAGAGAUUGCAAGAGGAAAGUCAGCAUGUCCCAAGGUGCCAGUUGGGUAUGGUUUCUUAAAACUAGCCCCCUACUCCUAAAGACUUAGUUGCACUACUAAACCCAGAAAUACAAGAGAAUUGGGUUUGAUGAACUGGACAACAGACCAAAGGAGACCUCCUUGUGCUGAGCUGCUACUCAAUGGGAACAGAAACUGCCUUAACAUAGCAGCUAGGUUUGGGGUUUUUGUUUGUUUUUUUAAAUUCACCAAGCAGUCCUCCGCAUUCUCAUUUGUCAUGUUGUGUUUUAACAAGGUCCUGACUAUUUCACCUUGAACCGUCAUUGAAACGCUCAUCUUCAAAAGAUGACACAUCCAUUUGGUAACGGCUAGGAGCCUGGAAUCACCCUUGCAGUGUUGGCUUAGAAGACACUCCACUGGUGAUGCUUGAUGCUUUUAGGACACACGUGGCAUAAAAGAAAACAUCAGCUCCAAUUAAUGAGAUGGAGGAAGCAAAGUAAUCCAGCAGGUACUCAGAAUCCCAAAGUAGGUUCAAGGGGUGGGAUCAGCAGCUCUAAAUAUGAUAUAUUCACCCUUACUUUUGAGAUAAGGUUAAAUAAACCAGUAGUGCUGCACAGUCACUGUUCAAACAUUGCACAGAGAGAGGAUGCCUGCUGAGAUUAAAGUUACCAAGAACUUUCCCCACAGUUAAGUAACAUGACUAUUUGGGCAAACAUUAUGCUAGCAUAAAGGAAGGGUGAAGAACCUCCCCUUAUCAAACUCAGCAAGGCAAGCAACUGUAAACAAGCAAGUGUAAAUGAAAGGCAAGUCACUAGCACUUUAUCUUAAUACAAACUUAGAUCAGCAGCUUGCCAUUAAGAUGAACACUAGAUCAAUUAAUGACAACAGAAUAGUUUUGCACAGAGCAGCAAGAAGUCAGGUUACAGGCAGUGUGGCAUGCAAAAGGACUUUAUAGCUGCAUGCACUUGUCCUACUUAGGAUGGUAAAUUCCAGAUAUGCCUCUACAUCAGGCAAACUCUCUACUCCCCACUCGGCUAUAAAAAGCAAGGCUGUUUUAACCAAAAGCCAAGAAAGGAAGUGUCUGGGUGCUGCAGCAACAAUUCCCUUGGAUUGAGAGGGAAAAAGCACACAGCAGGGACAAGCAGAAAGAAUGUAUCUAUAGAUAUGUACAUAUAUCACAGUGCUGUAAUUUUUGUAUGUAGCAGUAAUGUAAAUAAAUGUAUGGUUUUUAUAAGAUACAUAUUAUAAAAAUCUAUAAAGGCAUAUUUUUAGUAAAAACAAUGAUCUACUUCUUUUGUAAAUAGUUCUGAGAAUAAAACAUCAUUUAUACAA